AAGGAUAGAAUACAUAAAGUCAAAACUGGAAAAGAGUAAUAUUCAAGUUAAAGAAUUAGAAGACUAUUUUAAUCAAAAACUUUUUGGCCAUAGUUAUAGUGAUUGGGAAAAUCAAAUAUACUUAGAAAACCAAGACGAAAAAGGAAAUACCUUUCUUACUCCCGAAGAAAUAGAGUUUCUACUGGAAGAGAUAAGAAAUACUAGUGAAAACGGGUUAGAAGAAUUUUUCUCCACUCACGGAGAAAAAAGCGAGAGGCGUAACCUAAAAUUCAUAAUAAAAAAAAGAAAAGAAUUUCGUAAUAUAGAGGAACGAAUUGAACAGAUGGUUCGUAACGAAGAUUUCUAUGAAGAGGAAAUAAAAGCUUUAAUUACUCGGCUCAAAAAAUUAAUUGAUUGA